GGAUAGCCAACAUAUUUUAGUCUAAAAUUGCAUCAACAGAAAACGUGCAACUUUUAUUAUUUAUUUAUUUUAAUUAUAAAUUUCCAACAAAAGCGGGGUCUUAAUGCAUUUGUAAAGUUUCUUGCAAUUUUAGAAAAGUGUCUCCUCAGGGAUGUAAAUAAACCAGUUCUGUAACUGAGUUUGAUGGAAUGAAACUGUACAGUAGUAUUGAAAGUAACUACAGGCUUAAUAAAUACUCAAAAUCAGCCAUCAGUGUUUAUAUUACAGUAGGCUACAAGUGCUCUAUGGGUUAAACUACUCAUAGGCUACAAGGUCACAUAUUGAUUAGCUUCACGUCGAAAAUGAGUUGAGUUGAAUUCAGGAACUCAAUCAGGAAUUCACAGACAGAAGUCAAGUGUUGUUAAUGAAUGACCGUAGGGGCAGAUAUAUAGUAGGUCGACGUACGCGACUCCAGCAGAAAGAAAUGGCUCAGAGACAUUUUGAGGGAAAAGAUCAUGUUGAAUCCUACCAGCGACACCGGGUUUCUCCUCCUCAGGAACUCAUAGACGAAGUGCUAAACUUCCUACGAAAAAGAAUCAAUACGGAUCUGGAUCUGGCUGUGGAUGUAGGCUGUGGGUCAGGACAGGGCACUGAGCUCCUCGCCCCGUACUUCUUGACUGUGGUCGGGACAGACAUCAGUCCAGCUCAGCUGAAGAUCGCCAGUGACAAAGAUCAUCCAGCAAAUAUAUGUUACAGGAGGUGGACAGGAUUCUGAAGCCCGGCGGCUGCCUCGCUCUGCUCAGCUACACCAUGGACUUUGAGCUGGAAUAUGGAGAAAGCACCUCAAAACUCAAUAAUAUCUGUGAAGAGUUCUAUGCAGCCCUGCAUCCUUUUAGGAAAGCUUAUAUUGGGUCCAGUUCCCUCCAAGUCUACAAGAACAUCUACGAUUCUAUUUCAUAUGCAGAUAAAGAGUGGCAUGAAUGUCUGAAGAGUAGGAGGAUUAUGCCAUUGUCAAAGUUCAUUGGCUUGGUUGAAACUUUCUCUACUUAUCAAGGUUUCCUGGAAAAGGAUCCUGUUAAGGCCAAGAAACUGUCAAAGACCAUCACUGACAGGUUGUUGGAAGCAAUGGGAGCCUCGUCGACUGACACAGAAUUAACAGUGAUAGUAAAAUAUUUUUAUAUAUUAGCCUCUAAACCGCGUAAAUCCUGACAUGAUCCUUCAAACCAACAGCUCCAUCGAACAGCAUCAAAGCAUGUUUUGUAUCUCUGCUCUGAAGCGUUUGAACAAUAAACACUUCACUUAACACCA